AUGACUGGAGCAAACUACUUCUUUUCGCCAGCGGCUACUGCAUUCUGGGAUCGGGCUAUGGUUAACGAUGGACGGCUAUAUUAUGUCAACACACACUGGCAGGAGGUCAUGGUUCUACAUUUCCCUCAGACCCAAUAUACCGGAUCUCACGCCUUCACCUCCAACAUCAGAAACUCCCCAUUCGCAUCACCCUGGCUCAACGCGCCCACCCCACCAGCCGUGACAUCCGGCGCUCUAACCGACACGGCCCCUCUCAACCCGCCCACCCAUCUCGAACCCAUCGCCAUCCCAGACCCCGAGAUCCAAGCCGAAUUCCACGCCGAAGACCAAGCCGAAGCCGAGGAACGCGCCAAAGCCGAACUCGAAGCGAUAGCCCGGGCCGACGCCGAACGAAAAGCGCAAGCAGACGCCGAGGACGAGGCUGAAAGGAGAGAGGCCGCGAGUUUCCUCCAGCGCUCUGCAAGGCCCGCCACGGAGGACUUUCACCUGCAGGCCGCGCUGCUCGCAUCGUAUAGAAAGCCAUCUCCGCCCUUCGUGGAGCCCACGCCCAGCAGGUCUCUCAUCGCGUGUGCACUUGAGUACCUAGCGCUGCGUAUACUUGAUCUGGUCGGUACGGAGCGUCCGGAUACUUCUAACAACUCUGGCGCUGACAAUGAACCACCAAAGUGCUUCACGUGUCGCAAGAAGAAAGCUGUCUGCCAGCAUCCGCGCGUCAACAACGGAGCAAGGCUAUGCGAAGAAUGUUUUGUUUUUUCUCGUUUUGACCGAACAUCGCAUUUGAAGCGCCGGGCGUUGUUUAGCAAGGAUUUUCUAAAAUGA